GCGGGGCGGCCAUGGCCCGGUGGGGCCCGGCUCAGGAGCCCGAGUGGGGGCCCGAGCCCUGGCAGCCGCUCCCGCCGCAGCCCCCCGUGCCCGUCCCGGUGCCGGUGCCGGUGCCCAUCGACGGGGACAAGCAGCCGCCGGUGGCCGAGAUCUCGCUGUGGACGGUGGUGGCGGCGGUGCAGGCGGUGGAGCGGAAGGUGGAGUCGCAGGCCCUGCGGCUGCUGAGCCUGGAAGGGCGAGCGGAGACGGCCGAGAAGAAGCUCUCGGAGCUGGAGAAGGCGGUGCUGGACUUCGGGGGGCAGCUGGAGCGCAAGUGGGCCGCGCUGGCCGCCCUCGUGCAGGAGAGCACGCGGCGCCUCGAGCACGUCGAGCGCCAGCUGCGGCACCGCGGCUGCUGGGCACCCCGGCCCGGACUGGGUCCCGGCGGGGACGUGCCCCAGGUCCCCACGGCGGGUGAGGAUGACGCCGCCUGUUUGCCAGAGCAGGAGUGGGGCGGCUUGGACAGCCGUCAGCAGGAGCUGUACAGGAUGGCGGUGAAGGGGAGCUACGAGGCUGUGGUCUCUCUUGGGCCCGGGGACGCCAGCUCCAAACCCUCUCUGCUGUUGCCGGCCGAGGACGGGGAGGAUUUGGGGACCAGGACCCAUGGGCUGCUGGAGAAGGGAGCGGUGUCAGGGCACGUCGCAGGUGAGAAGAUCGUGAUCAAGACAGAAGAGCAGCAGCCGCAGGAGGAAGGAUCAGAAAGCCUGGCCCUGCCGCAGGCACCCUCGAUGAGGCUGGAAGAGGAGGUUCCCCUGAGCCAGGAGCUGCCAGUGCCCUGGGAGAGCCACACCAGCUUGGACGAACAGAAGGGAGCUGGAGAGGGCUUAGGGGAGCUCUGCAAGCAUGGGGCCGCCCAGCCUGAAUUCAAGCCCGUGGUUGUCCCAGUGGAAGCUCGCCCUGCCCCGGCCUUGCCUUUCCCAGCAGAACACGGGCACGGCGCGGGGGACCGACCAGCCGUUCACCCUGCCCCAGGGGAUGCCGCUGGGAGAGGACACUGCCGCGGAGGCUGCCUCGGCACAGCCCGGCGCCGAGGAGCACGGCCCGUGUGCCGCUGGGGAUGAGCCCCACGCGCUGCCCCUGGGCUGGAAGAGCGUGCGGCUGAAGCGCAACCUCCUGGCGCGGCAGCAGAGCCACGCGCGGAAGAACAACGGCUCCUUCAUCUGCACGGCCUGCGGGAAGAGCCUGGCCCACCACGCCGCGCUGCUGCGGCACCAGCGCCUGCACACGGGCGAGCGCCCCUUCCAGUGCCCUGCCUGCGGCAAGAGCUUCAACGAGAAGUCCAACCUCAACAAGCACUACCGCAUCCACACCGGGGAGCGGCCCUACUGCUGCCCUGCCUGCGGCAAGGGCUUCAUCCAGAAGCACCACCUCCAGAAGCACCAGCGCAUCCACGGGGUGCAGCUGCGGGCGGGCUGGGCGGGCCGGCCCGCGCGGGCCAGCGCGGCCGGGGAGCGGCUGUACCGCUGCAUCGAGUGCGCCGAGAGCUUCCCCCUGCAAGCGUCGCUGGAGGAGCACCAGCGCCGGCACACCCAGCAGCGACCCUUCCAGUGCAACGGCUGCAGCAAGAGCUUCCGCCACCGGCAGUCUCUGAACCACCACCAGAAGGUCCACGCCACGGCCAGCCCUCCUGCUGCCGGCUUGCCCAACCACAGCCAGGAGCCGGGGACCGUCCCCUGCAAGCCGUCCACCCAGGACAAUCCGUAACGCGAGGGCUGCGGACGGGAAGGGGCAGUGUUUCUGCAGGCAGAGAGGUGCAGUGGCCCGUGAGGGCGGCACGCGGCGGGCAGCUGGCGUCGCAGCACCGCGGGGCUCUCCGCACCCCCCCUGCGUCCCCGAGGACGAGGACGGGGCUGGCAGACGCACGCUGUGGGGGCGAGACCGGCCCGAGACCAAGCGGAGGAGGUCCAGCAGCAGGGGCUGCGCCGCUGCCCCGUGGAAGGGGGCUCGGCCGAAGAGUGGCUGCUGCGUGUUUGGCACCGUGGGACGGGGAGCGGAGCACUUGAACUCAGGGUUACUUAAAUCCUACCAGCUUCGAGGUCGGUUGGGGGAGUUUGGUGGCCCGGGGAGAGGCUGUUGUUGCUGGGACAGCCAGGGUCACCGCACGACUUGGGAGAGAUGUGGAUAAAAGACUGGGCUGACGCGGU